AUGUCACAGCCCAUUGAGGUUUAUCCAAAUACAGUUGCUAGACAGUCUUCACCCAACCCUAAUGGAUCUUUUAGACCUGUGUUUGUAGUCUUGGCCAUCAUAUUUGUUCUAUCUGCUGUAGCCUGUGUGCUCGGAAGGUUUUGCGGCAGGCAGCACCACCACGUCGUGAAGGAGCACCACCGUGACGCUAAAGAACACCACCAAUCCAAGGCCAAGCAGAUCCACCACCCCCUUGGCCCAAAAGAAUGGGAAUCUAGGCAGAAACCUAGCUUUAACAUGAGAGAUGGGGAUAUAGAAUUUGGGUUUGAUAAGAAAAUUCUCACUCCUAAAAAGGGUGCCAAUGGAAAUUCCAGAGGGCCUCAAAUUGGUGGAUUCAAAAGAGAAGUGAGAUUUGCUGAUAAUAUUGUGUAG